AUGAAAAAAUAUGUAGGCUUUGUGGUGAUGCGAAAAAUUAUAGCAAGUCGACGUCCAUACUUAGUAAAGCUGGGAAAGAAAAAGGACUCGCAAAAAAAAAUCGAAAAAAUAUUAAAUGUUGUGAUUGAUGAGUCGCAGAAAUCUCGUCUUCCAUGCAACGUCUGUCGACGAUGUCAGGAGUGUUUAGAAACGUUCGACGAAUUUAAAGCUGUUGUAUUCCAAACCCAAGAAAUGAUCAAGACAAACAGUUCCUCCAAGAGAUGUGCAAAGUCAUCCCAGCCUGAAUCAGCCAAGAAAUCUCAUCCCAAGAAACUGCAAUACGAUGUAUCAACCAAUGCCAAAUCUCAAAAUAUAAACAACCAAGAAAAUAGAUCGGAUAAUGUGCCGUCAACCCAUGAAUUAAUAUCAACAUGUGGCCUAAAUGAUAAGAUGGUUUGUAUUGUUUGACUUUUAUAUUCAUCACUUGACCCCAUAAAAAAUUUAUACUGUCACUCAUAUAUCCUCCCCGACUGAAGUCUCCCCCUCCUCCCUCUGUCUCUAAAGACUCCAGAUAUGUCUCUCUCUAUACACACCUGCUAUCGUGCCUGUUUGAAGCCCCCCCCUCCCUGUCUCCAAAGGCUCCAGAUGUCUCUAGCUCUCUAACACACUUGAUAUCACGCUUUUAUACGAAGAAAUUUACUUAGCCCUCUUAUUAUGAUCUUCCUCUCUUAUUAAGCUUUUACUUGCUGCUAUUUCUAAUUCAUAAGUACCCUUUCCUCACACAAAAGCCGUAAAACAUUUUGUAAUGGUACACCAGAGGAUCGUUGUCGAACAAUCUUCAUAUUUUGUAUGACGGAACUUUCCCUACAGGUACAUAUGUACCACAAAAAGCACAUCGCUAUAAUUAUUUUAAAAUAUACUCAAUUUAUAAAUGCUUUUGUAUUCAAGUAAACUUCCUGACAGUUCUCAUUUAUUGCUUGUAAUUAUUGUAAAAGAUAUGACCUGGUGAAAUUGCGUGUUUUUAACCCUAUGUACCCCCAAAAUCCACAUGCGCAAAAACGCAUGUAGCUUUGUUUGAAAUAUAAUGUUAUAACACUAUUCAAGGUUUUCCGACUAAACAAACCCCCCAAAAGUUUAUAACAAUCAUAUUUUGCAAACUUAGUCUUAAAGUUUCAGAUUAUACAGGUUACCAAUUGGUCCGUUUUUUUAAUUUUCAGGUUACACAUUUUGGUAGAUAGUACCGGAAAAAAUUCUUCCAAGUGUUUCUCUCGCCAAAAAAAUAAUUCAAAAGCUUACGCGUGUAUAGGUAACCUAAAACGGUACAUCAUUAGUCAACCGCCAUGUUAACUUAUACUUAAUGACUAUAAAUCAAGCUAGGCGCUAGCUUGUGGUUUUUAGGGUAUCUUGGUUUUGGGGGUACAUAUACCCGUAAGCCGCAUUUUAGUAAUCUGUGUUUUAUUAAUCUUCAUAUUCCUUCUGAAAAUGCACGUUAAACCUGAAAAAUACACAACUUCGACGUUUCCAGCGAAAACCCUUCGUUUGCAAGUUAGUGUAUAAAGACGACGAAAUGCAUUCGCUUGAAACGUUGAAGUUUUCUCUUAUUUAAGGUUUUUUACGAUUUUGUGGGUCCAAUCUGUCUGAAAUGUAAUUCGAAAUUUGUUUGUUGCCCAGAUAAACCAGUCUGAUAUGCCACUGGACGCGGACUCCGUACACAGACUUCUAAACACCGUGUCAACAAGAUUGCCAUCCCUGGUGGCCGAGGCAGUGUUGCGCAUUCCUUCUGUUAAAAAACAUAUAAAAUACAAGAUACUUCAAGAAAUUGAUGAAGACUGCACGAAGCUUUGCUCCAAGAAGAAUGGAUCAAUAUUGCAAAAAAAAGACUACUCGGACAUGGUCAAAUUUGAGUGGAGUUCGCUAUUCCAAGAAAUGUCAGUUCGUUGUUCGUUCUUACGCGAUGUUCUGGUAACAGUUGCAAAAUGUAGCAACAAAUCGAGAAACCCUGAGCCUCCCAUUUGCCUUUGCUAUUCCAUUCUACUUCAGCAACGCAACCACGAACUUAGUCUGGUUCAGCGAAUCAACACAGUGCUAUUGUCGGAGGGCAACGCAAAGAAAAUGGUAAGAUUAACUGAUUUAAAAAUAUAUACUUUAGCCGCUUUGUUGAAGAGUGAAAAGAAAAUUCUCUUUUAUAAGUAUGACAUUCUCUUAAUAUUUAGAAGUUGACUAUCUUCAAAGUCCAAAACCGACUAUGGAUUAUAAACGAGGCGAUUUGUCUGAUAGCUGUAUUGUUUCGGAAUUCCUAGACUCUGGCCUGCGGACUGUAAGGCGUUAAGCCAAAGUUUUAGGAGAAUAUAUAACGUGAAUAUAUUCAUUAUGAUUAGCUGCGACAGCUUGAAAAUCCUAAAAGGAUCAACGCGUGCAAUCCACUUAUGUCGUAGGCAUAAAAAAAAAUUGUUAUGGGUUUCACUAUAUAGAUCUGCAGUUUUAGUACUUCUAGUUUGUCCGGUUUACAUGGUUUAUGUGUGGUAAUAACUUAGUAUGAAUAAUGAUACACCAGAACUUUACUGAAAUAGUGUACUGUACAAUACCUGUACUAAUGAUUUUCAUUUUAAACGACAUUAUCAUGUUAUCUUUGUUCACAUGUUAAUCAUAAAUUAACAUAUAUGUGUUACAUAUACAUGUAAGUAUAUAUAAGGUUUGUUAAAAUUCACCGUAUCAACACGAAUUUAACAAACGUUUCAAAUUUUUCGUUCCAUAAAAUACUCAUUCAUAAUUUACACUGUAUAAAUAAUUUCGUCCUAAUUUACAUUAAGUUAAGCAUCGAUUUCCUCGGCAAAACAAACCAUAUAUCAGGGCUGCAUGGAAGAAGUAUCGGACCACGGGACCAUUGGUCACAGAAAAUUUUUUGAGUUCCCAGAAAAUAUUUCUCCAAGAAAAAAAGAUAAUUGUAGAAUUUUAAUAGAUAAAAGGAGAAAUUAAGUGGGAAAAUUCGAUUCUAACUAAUAGAAAGAAUGUUACCUGCACUGUAGGUAUGACCUCAGAAAUGCAAUGAGAAGUGCAUCCAUCUUAAUAGUGCGAUAGUGUAUAGAUUACAGAAUGAUGUAACAAAUGUUGUAUGGCAAAUGCAUUUUUAAUCAAUAUGGAAUGCUUAAUUUUCAAAAUUUUCUGGUUGAGCAUGGAUCGAUCCCUGGUGGUGCCCCCCCAAGUAGUGCCUUUUUUGACAUAUCUAUUCAUCUCAUGACUUUGUUUGGUUUGUGACUUUAAUUAAAGAGGGUAACACUUUGACAGUAGUGUAAGUAAAACUAGUGGCCCUACCUCAUUCCGUCCUUGAUGCAUGUUAUCUAAAUUAGUUUUAGGUUAUAUUAAUAAAAGUAUUAUUAAGAUUCUGAGUGCAAUGAAAUUCAUUUUUCUGUUAAUUUAAAAUAUAGAAUAUGACAUUCAGUUCGACAACAUAACACAGUUACAAUGACCGAGUGUCAAUUUACUUUAUUAUUUGCAGAAAAUUUUCAGUGUUUUCUUGCGGUCCCGUAAAGUGAAAUAUUUUUUCCACCCCUGACAUAUGCAGUCGUUCGGAAACUUGAUUACUUGGUCUACGCCAUAGACUCUAUCGCGAUAAAGUCUAUGACGUGUGUUCUUGAUUGCUAAGAUGCUUUGCAUUUUGAGUAAGCUCUCUCAUCCGAUCUCUAUCUGAUGUACUGUACUACGGCUCGUCUUGCACAGUAAAUCAGAUACAAAUGGGCUGCUCGUGUUUUAUAUAUUACAUGCAUAAAUAUUGGUUAAUAUGCUUCUAAUAACUUUAACUAUUAAUACACCAAUACUUAUAUGGUCCUUUUUUUAUCUACAUAGCUUAUAACAAGGUGCCAAAAGUUAGGAUUUUCUUUAUCGCACCAGAGCAAGAUUAAUGUGCUUAAUACCAUCGCAGUGCACAACAACGACCAAGUGGUUGAAGAAGUAAAGCAAGGCAAGAGACUCCAAGGCACUGGUGACAACUGGGAUUAUCAAGUCCGCGCGCACGACAUGCGAAAAUCUAAUCAAAACACAGAUCUGCAUUAUUUCGCAUCUAACAUCAUAGUAGAAAGGGUACCCUGUGAAGGCCUCGCGCAAGAAGCUCCGCAACGCGACAUGAGCAAAGUUCCUAAUUCACUGUUUCUUCUCAACCACGACGAAACACGUAAACUGCGGGAAGAUUUCAAGGUAUUGGUGGGGCGAAUAUUGGUAAAGCACAUUCGUUCACUAUCGUUCUUGAAGUCAAUUAUCCCAGGGCAUAUUGCUAGUAAAUACUCCAAAGAAAUGGCCCAGAAAUCAACCAUCGUACCUCUGGCCAUACAUUUCAAACAAGAAAAGAAAUACGAUGAUGUUGUCGACAUACUUUGCUCUUACGAAAAUACUCUAGAAGAUAUAUAUUCCAAAGCUGGUGUCAUCGAUGUUCCAGAAAGUUCAAAACCAGCGACCACAGAUGGCACAUUAGCAGGUGCUACGUCUAGGCCUAGUCAACCUGGUGCUCAUGUUAGGCAAGCAGAUGAGCAAGAUCACAUGAAGGAUGUAUCAGUACCCUUCGGAGGAGACGAACUGACUAGGGUGCGAUUUGCAGGAGCCAAAGAUCUACGACGAGGGUGCCAUAUCGCAAAGGAUCGGUUCGACCACUGCAGUCCCUUCACAAUAGAAAUGUUUCACACCAAAAUGGCAUUUGUACAG